GCGCGCGGGCGGCCUGGCGCGGCUCUCCGAUUGUAGUGUCAGCGUGUUAUGAUGCCGGCUCGUACCAACCUGGCUACUGGAAUCCCCAGUAGUAAAGUGAAAUACUCAAGGCUCGCUAGCACAGAUGAUGGCUACAUUGAUCUUCAGGGAGAAAAGCAGAUAGCUGCUGAAGCCAGCAGGUUGUGGGAUUCUUCGUUCUUUCCUGAUGUCAUGAGAUCCAAUUUAUUAAAGUUUAAGAAAAGCCCUCCUAAGAUACCGUAUAAGGCCAUUGCGCUUGCCACUGUGCUGUUUCUGAUUGGCACGUUUCUCAUUAUCAUAGGCUCCCUCCUGCUGUCGGGCUACAUCAGCAAAGGGGGGGCAGACCGGGCUGUUCCAGUCCUGAUCAUCGGCAUUCUGGUGUUCCUGCCGGGGUUUUACCACCUACGCAUCGCCUACUACGCAUCCAAAGGCUACCGAGGUUAUUCCUACGAUGACAUUCCAGACUUUGACGACUAGCACCCACCUCAGCCCUGAGGAGGAGAGUCACAGAGGAACGCACCCAUACCGAGCAGAAACUAUGGCUGAGGGCUAAGAAACUCUUAGUUUGCAGAUGUUUAACAAUGGCUAGGUUUUACGGGUCCAUCCCAAAGAUGUUAACUGAACUUCCAGUUAGCUAAUUAGGACAGCUCUGUUACUCAUCUCCUGGCCCUGGCAAAGGCUCCCGGCAAGUUUUCCUGCAUGAGUAUGUACCCUGGAAGAAUAGCAGCCUUCGUUGUCUGGGGAAGCGGGAGGUUAUUCUGUAGUGGAAAGUAUUGCUCCCACCACCCUGUUAGAGUUGAGAGUUUCAUUUAAAUAAUUUUGAUUGUCAGUUUGUUCUUGUAGCAGAUGGAAUAAUGCAGUGUAUCUGAUUUCUUAUUACCAAGUAAUUUAUUUUCCCAUUACCUAAGUAUCUUAUUCCCUCCAUUUACCUCUAUGUUCAUGUUGUAGUGGAAGACCCUGGUAAAAUCGAAUGUCUACGUGGGUCCAUCUGUAAUAUUUUUUACUUGCUUUCUUAUUGACAGCAACCAAGAAUUUUUAAAACUGCAGAAGAGCAAGGUUUCAAAAUGUAAAACACUUUCUCUGUUUACCAACCCUUAUUCAGCUCUGUUCUGGUUCACUGGCCAGCAUAUGGUUCGGGUCACUCUGUCCUUUGUAGAUGAAGAUGCUCUGUAGGUCAUGCCUUUAAAGACUGCUCUUUUUGACCAAUGUAAAGAAGUGGUUAUUACGUAAGACCUUGGAACCUUGUGGCCAGCAUCUCUUAUGAUGGGGUCUUUCUGCUUACGACUGCAGGACUUAGCCUUGUUCCCUGGAGGACCUGAUUGCCUUAGGAUUCAAUUCCUAGCUUGCAAAAAGUAAUUUGUAUUCAAAAGAAAUUAAAAUACCAAAUUGAAAUCUUAAA